AUGAAGAGCACAGGGACAAGCUUGAGAAGUACUUUUCUACUUCUAAGAAGACGUCAGAGCACUAAAGUCAAUGGAGUCUGGACCAACUUUUCCGAAAGAGCUGCAUCAUUGCAGCUAAACAAUGAACAUAUCAAGGAGACCUUGUUUGGGGAAGGAAAUCCGGAAGAGGGCCCCGCGUCAUUGAUCAACCAAGAGGAUAGAUCAGCAUACCACUCUCCUGUUGCUAUAGAUGAAACUUUCCAAAUGGCGUACAAGAUUUUGGAGAGAGACGCUGAAUCGAAGUAUCAAGUUGUGCAUCGUUUGAAGAAAUCUCUUGCAAAUACGACAUCAGAUAAAGAUGCAUUGGCUCUCAGGAACCAGAUCGACAAGUAUUUGGUAGAUGCUGAGAUUGAAAACCCCGAAGUUUUAUACAAUGCCGAAUUUAUGGACCCCGAACAUUUGGACAAGUCACAACCAGUAUACAGACAUUUGUUGAAGGAAAAAUGGGAGAAUUAUGACUUGCUAGUGACCAUGCAAAGAUUAGAACAGCUACAUGUUAUUCCCGAUACUCUUCCCACGCUAGUACCAAAGGCGGACGUGAAAAUCAAAUUUACGCACAAUACAGAUGAGCAGUUUAGCAAAUGGGUGACUCCUGGUGCAUUGUUGCCAGCUUUCGCUGUCUCGAAACCUCCAACAAUACAUGUUCAAGAGUUUGACCGAGUCGAAGGUAAUAACAACUUGUACACCGUCUUAUUAGUGAAUCCAGAUACGCCUGAUUUGAGAACAAACUCGUUUACAACUACCUUACAUUACGGUUUGAAAAAUGUUGUGCUCAAUAAUGUCGAUAAUUCGAUAAAUAUAUCGAAAUUGUUGACAGUGGGCCCAAAGAUCACUUUCAAAGAGUAUGUCCCAUUAGCACCAGAGAAGAAUGCCCCAGCUCAAAGAGCAUGUUUGUGGGUUUUCAGGCAAACAAAAGAACUUGGUGAUUUGGCCGAAUCUAGUGAAAAUUUCGACAUUAGGGAAUUUGCUGCUAACCAUGGAUUGACCGCUGUUGGAGCUCACGUCUGGAGACAAACAUACGACAGAAGUGUGCCUGAAAUCAGAAAGAUGUACGGUCUUGGUGAAGGACGUGUUUAUGAGAAGGCCAGGAGUAUGGACCCGAUAAAUCUUUAA